AUGACAAGCAACGAUGUCAUUUUUCUUAAUCAUCUUCAUUUUCCUGUUUUUCAUUCUGGUAGAACCAAAACCCUGUAUAAAAUCCCAACUGUUGAAGAUUUUUUCCACAAUGUCUCCAAAUCAACUGACCCCAUCUAUGCUAACAUUGAAGAUUAUCCCUACAUGGCCAAACUCUACAUCAAUUUUGCUGAUGUGCAGUUCCAAUGUGGUGGUACCCUCAUAACCCCAGUGUGGAUCCUAACCGCAGCACAUUGUGUAGCCCCAGAAAAAUCCUCAUCCACCCCUAAACUUAUCCUAGUCUGUAUGGGUUCCUCUUUCCUUCCAUCACACACCGCUUGUGAGAAUAGCCGAACAGUUAGAUUAGUAUCAAGACCUGCAUCAACCGUGGACCUAGCAAUGUUACGUCUGACCAAACCUUUUGACCAUUCCAAAACAAUCCAACCACUUAACUUAAAGAAAUAUGAUUUGGAUAAGUUGGAGAAGACUUGUAAGGUUAUGGGUUGGGGAUGGAUGCAGACUGGGUUCACAUCUCCAAAUCUCCUUCAGACUGAUGUAAAAAGGAUGGAUAAUUGUUUUAAGCAAUUGAUUUGUGUGAUGGCUACUGAUCAUGCGCCGUGUCGCGGGGACUCUGGAGGACCUUUGAUUUGUGAUGGGGUAUUGGUGGGGGUAGCAUCAGUGGGGGAAAAUGCUAAUUGUGAAGGACCUUCAGGGGUCACAAUAUACAUUCCUGUUUGGGAGAAUAUCAAAUUUAUCAGGCAAAGUAUUGCUGACUCCGGAAGUAGGAAAUCACUACACAUUGCUAUGCUUGGUGUUUGUUUAUUGUACGCUGAAAGUGUAUUUCCGCUUGUUGAGUGGCUGCUUUCUCGAUUGUGGGCGUUGUUUAAGCUGAUGUAUUGA